AUGCCUGGCAAGAGAGCACUUUCGUCAAGCUUAGGCGCAUUAACCAAGAGGAAAAAGGUUAUCAACGCUUCAAGUAGCUCGGUGGCGACUGUGAAAGUUGAAAAUACCGAGAAUGGAAAUGGUUUACAACUAGAGCAGAUACAAACAAGUUGCGGAACCAAUGAGUUUAACGGCGCAUUCAAAGAGUCUAUUGACUCUCCAAAGGUCAAGAUCGAGGUUGAGUCAGAAUCUCGGCCAAACAUUUUCCCCAAAAUUGAUCCUGUGGAUUCUGUAAAGGGCCCUCCAGGGUGGGCUCAAAUUUACAACGAGAUUGUGGAAAUGAGGUCCAAGUUUUUAGCUCCAGUUGAUAGCCAAGGAUGCGAAAGUAUGCCAAAUACAAUAACACCAGGUUUGAAACAUUCUGAUCCCAAGAAGUACCGAUUUCAGUUACUCAUCUCGCUAAUGUUGAGUUCACAGACAAAAGACGAGGUUAAUUAUGAAGCUAUGGUUAGACUUGACAAUGGGCUCCGAAAGAGCCACUCAGGAGGAUUCUGCCUUGAAGCAAUGUCACAGUUGUCUGUGAGUGAAAUUGAUUCGUAUAUUUGCAAAGUUGGGUUUCAUAAUCGAAAAGCCCAAUACAUUGCAAAAACUUGUCAGAUAUUGAAAUCUGAAUUUAAUGGAGAUAUACCGAACCUGAUAGAGGAUAUUGUUAAGUUACCGGGUGUGGGUCCAAAGAUGGGAUACCUAUUGCUACAGGCCGGUUGGGGAAUCAAUAGUGGUAUAGGAGUUGAUGUACAUCUUCAUCGUUUAGCAUUGCUAUGGCGCUGGGUGUCAACGAAAGCAACGACACCUGAGAAAUGUCGUCUAGAAUUGGAGAGUUGGCUACCACCAAAGUACUGGAGAGACGUCAACCCUUUAGUUGUUGGCUUUGGUCAGGUUAUUUGUGUGCCGAGAGCCAGUAAUUGCGAUAUUUGUGCAAUUGGUCGAAAGGGCCUUUGUCCCGGCGCUAACAAGAAGUUGUUGAAAGGGCCAGUCAGUGAAGAGCGUAAAAUCAAGUUGAUGAAGCAGAGAGGAGACUUGACAGCUUUAAUCAACCAAUAUUUAUAA